CAGGAUGGAGGUAGCAGCUCUAUCUCUGCUUCUCUUGCUGAACUCUCUGGAUUCUGGUUCGGCUCGAGUCUCUCUGACAGUCACCCCCAGACGAUCGCAGUUCUUUAAAUAUGAGAGUUUCUCUGUGAGCUGCAACAAGGAGGGGGAGGAGGAGGAAGAGAUGACGGGAUGGAGAGUGAUGAAGAGCAUGGAGGAUGGAGAGGUGCAGUCAUGUCCACCCCCGUGCUCCAUCUCUACCGCCUUCCCUGCCACAGACAGCGGGUCGUACUGGUGUGAAACUGCACGGGGAGAAACCAGUAACACCGUCAACAUCACCGUCACUGGCGGUUCUGUGAUCCUGGAGAGUCCAGUUCUUCCUGUGAUGGAGGGAGACAACGUGACGCUGAACUGCAGACUCAGAUUCAAGACUUCUGCCUGUGACCUCACGGCUGAUUUCUACAAAGACGGCCUCCUCAUCGGGACCAGCCCCACAGGAAACAUGACCCUCCACAGCGUUUCCUGGUCCGACGAAGGACCCUACAAGUGUGACGUCUGCGGGUCUGGAGGAUCACCGCAGAGCUGGCUGACUGUCACAGCGCCACCUGCAGUCCAGGAUGCUCCAGCUCCCCAGCUGUCUGCCUUAAGACUGGUUCGUCACCUGGUUGUAGCGGCUCCUUACCUGAUCUCCACCAUCUUACUGGUACUCAUAUACAGAGACAGACCCAGAGCGCAGCACAGCACUAAACGAAGACAAACAUGUAACGAUGUCAGAAUGGAAAUGGCUUCAUAGCAACCAGCACAUCACACAUCAGCAGCCGUAUUUAAGAGGGAGGAUGAUGAAGACGAAGAAGGAAACAUCCCCCAGUUUAGUCUUUAUUUAUACUUUUCACUGUCAUCCUGUUAAUGUGCUCGUCAGCUUGAAAUCGUCACUUUUGUUGCAGCUGUUUUCAUUGGAUGAGCUUGACCUGAUUCGGUUCGAGUCUUUCUGCUGUGUUUAGCUGACGUGUUAAAUAAACCAGUGAUUGUCUUUCUUUUCUUUUUUUUGCACACCCGUUAGAAAUA